UUUCGACAUACAUGCUAGGAAUUACUACAAUGGUUGAGUGGUUGGUAUGGUAUAUUUAUCGUGAUCUACGGAAGUAUGUGAAUUGCAAGGGAAAAUUAUCUAUUAAAAGGAGUGCUGUGAGAAUAAAGGGAGGACAGUACACAGAAAGAAGAUGAGUGUACGUCGGGGAGAGAGGAUGAAACAUAGGGGGAGCUAUCCUAUGGAUCCCGCGGACAAGUCGUCGACGGACGAUGCCGAGCGGUCCCUGUGUACGCUGGUGAAGCUGGCCUCCAACUGGGAGUGCAUCCCGACGAUGCUCGACGGUCUGGCGGUCUACAUGCGCAACGUGCUCACCGUUAUAGAUGGGCUCGACUGUCCCGGCAUCGAGAAAGCGGUCAACGAGCUCUUCAAUCAAAUAGUCCAAUCCUGUUUUGAACAGUUGCAGAAGUGCUUGAAGAACGAGGAAAAGCAUUCCAUUCUGUUGGAGCUCUCCAAGUUGCUAAACACUGCACUGGAAUUACUUAAAGGCAGACAAUCUUUACAUUUUACUGCUCUGAACACAAUCAACAAAAUAAUAGACAUGUGCAUUGUGCACAAGAACUACGAGCUUGGUUCCAUGACCAAAAGUGUUGAGUGUGUGUCUUCUCCUUUUGACUUGCAACAUUCUUCGCCAAAACGAAAAAAUGAAGGUGCUAACGUUUGUCCGGACGAAUCAUCAACAACAUCAACAUCAUCAACAGUUCAUAGGAUCACAUCGCUUCACAAACGCCGGACAAGCACCGUGCACGAACACCCCGAAGACGAGGAGACCAAAGCUACUGCUGUGAUCAUUAACAGGACUCCCCUGGAGAUUCUUACCUCCCUUGAUCCGAGUCACGUGAUCGCGGUCCUGCACAACAACAUCACGAUGCAAAAACGGAACACCGGGUCGAGGCAGAAGUGUACGCCCAGUGUGCGCUGGCGCCACUGUACGCACCACUGUUUACAGAUCCUGAGUUCGCGCAUUUUAACGGUUAUGUCGCACGGGUCCCAUGUCCAGAAGAAAAUGAUAAGUGACGGCCAUAUACGAACUCUAGUUGAGGCUCUUGAUCCUAACCAUGAUCCACAACUAUUAUGUCUUCUGCUCCAAUGUCUUGCCUGUCUUGCUCUGAAUCCCAACCACCACCAAGCGUUGAACGACGCUGACAUCUCCGACAUGUUGAUGCAACUCCUUCUUCCAUCGGACGAGUGGUACUACACCAACCACAGCACCAAGUAUGCAAAGUUCGUCAAGUAUCACGCCGCGCGAAUCCUCGUCUACAUGGGCAUGCUGCACAAGCUGGGCGGUCGGGUUGACCUGUUUGAUCGCAGGCCUUUCAAAGAGCUUCCUUGCAACCCAUUACUUCAAGUGCAUUCACCAGAGGACUGUUUUAUAGAGUUGAUGGCCAUGGGGAGCAUAGUGGUGUACAACAAUGAUCAACACGUACAGGCAGCUUCGCUGGAGGGAUUGGUGGCAGAACUCAUCCAGGUAUAGCCACAACAGUAGAUGGCCCAGUUUUGUGAAAAUGAUUGUUUUGUUUGUGUAAAGUUUCUUAACAGACAAAUUAAUAAUGCUUGGUGG